AUGUACAUCGGUGUAGAGUUGAUCGCUCGGGAGGCCUGCAAAGUUGAAGUAGUUCUGCAGAUCGCCGCUAAAGGGCAAAUGGCACAGAUACCAGUUCAAGGGGAAGUGGUAUCACAAGAAGAUUACAACAAUGCUCGAAGUGGUUCGAUCAAAGUGUCGACGAGUCGUUGCGUGAGGGACGGGUACGGGUCUGCCGAACCAUGGGGAGGAGAGGUUGUUAGUGUGAUGGAUGAGAAGUGGGAUACGGGAGUGUGCCCUUGGUGA